AUGCAGCGUUUGGACUGCCACGUGAAGGAGUAUGCUUGGGGAAAAAAGGGCGAGGGGAGCGAGGUAGCGAAUCUGUUCGCUGCUGGCCAUUGUGAGUUUCUCGUCGACAAGUUCAGCCCGUACGCCGAGCUAUGGAUGGGCACGCAUCCCGAUGGAGCCGCUCGGCUCGCGUCCAGCAAACAACUGCUUUCUUCUUUUAUUGCCAAGCAGGCGGCUGACUGUCAGUUCAACAACAAUCUUCGAAAAGAUGUCCAUCUGCCGUUCAUCAUGAAAGUGAUGAGCAUCGCGAAGACGCUCUCACUUCAAGUGCAUCCGACGAAGGAGCAAGCUGAACGGCUUCAUGAUGCUGACCCUCAGCAUUACCCGGACAGGCACCACAAGCCCGAACUUGCUUACGCUCUGACAAAGUUCGAGCUCCUUUGCGGAUUCAGGCCAGCUCAUGAAAUUGCUGCCAACCUGAGGGCCUUCAAGUGUCUGAGAAGCCUGAUGGGAAACAGCGAGCGAUUGAUCGACCUCAUCGAGAUGGGCGUCGACCCGAGGAGCAACAAGUGCAAGUCUCGCCUGGCCGCCUGUUUCGCCUACCAACUCGCACAGCCAAAGGAUCAGGUCGAAGAUCUAGUCGAUGAGCUCAUGGCCGAUUUGGCGCGUGGAGUGCGCGGGGCUCUUCGAGAGGAUACCGUUGCUGUGAUCGAGAAGACGUGCUCAGAGUUCCCGGGGGAUGUCGGCUUGUUCGCGCCGCUGUAUCUCAACCACAUGGUGUUGCAACCGGGCCAGUGCUGCUACUACGCCUCCCAGGAGCUUCACGCCUAUCUCAGUGGCGAAUGUGUCGAGUGCGUCGGCUGCUCAAACAAUACGAUCCGAGCAGCACUGACACCGAAAUAUGUCGAUCACGACGCGUUGGUUGAAGCGCUCAACUAUCAGAUGACACACCCUGAUGAUUAUUUGGUGCCAGCCCGACGAUUGCCCGCCUACCCGAUCGUUGAUGAAUACGCGCCAGAUUGCAGAGAUUUUCAGCUGCACCGAGUUCAGGUGGAGCCCAACAGCACACUUUCGCCGUUGCCACCCCUCGAUUGUGCGUCGAUUAUGGUGGUCGUGAAAGGUUAUGGUGUCAUGGAUGACAUGAAGCCCGGAGCGAGCAACGAGGCAGCGGGUGGCUCUGAGACACGCACGGUCGCACGGGGUGACAUUAUCUACAUCCCGCCCGGGCGCCGCGUCUGCUUCACCAAGUGUUUCGAAAAAAUCGAGGCUUACAGGACGUUUUCGUAUGAAACAGGUCCGGAGCACGAGAUUAUGGCGCCGGAUGCGCAUGUGCUGUCCAGCGCUUCACAGAAGAUUUCUCCGGUGCCGCUGAAGGGCAAGACACAAGUCAUCAUUACCCCGAAACUUGAUCGCAACGAUUCGGGCAUCGUUUUUGAAGUGGAAUCCGAAAUGGAUGGAUUUUGC